UGCAAAUGAAGGAAGUGACGUAAUCCCGGGCGCAUGCGCGGACCGAUCGUGUCUUCCGGUCCCGACCGUGUAGUGACAGGGCCCCUAAAAAGAAAGGAAAAAAGUUGCACUGUAAAUAGUUUUUGUUUUUUUAAAUCCACCGAGCUCUCGUCGUUUCAAAUGAAGUCCCUUUCUCAAAUUUACAGAACAUUUUUAUUUUUUUCAUAAGCAAACAUCGUGGAUCGAAGUUGUGUUUUAAACUGCCGUGGAAGCUCCGGCUUUGUCAAUCUCCUGCAUUGACAUCGUCUUCAUGCUGAUGUGAUCCUCCCUUUCCUGGUGCCGCGCUGUCCAUCCUCUCCGCCCACUACGCCCGGCCUUGUACCGCGUUGUCUCCCUGUCGCCAGUCUUGCCGAGAACGCGGAGCAAUGUGCGACAACGGCGACCCCGAGGACAAACCCCCCGCCCCUCCGGUCCGAAUGAGCAGCACUAUCUUCAGCACCAGCUCGGGGAAGGACUCCCUGUCGGCCAACCACAGCUCCAAGCCGCUGCCGUCUGUGCCCGAGGAGAGGAAGCCUCGCAGCAAGAUCAUCUCCAUCUUCUCCGGCGCGGAGAAAGGCGGAAGAAAGAAAGAUCGAGACAAAGAGCGACCGGAGAUCUCUUCGCCUUCCGACUUUGAGCACACAAUACAUGUUGGCUUUGACGCUGUCACGGGGGAAUUCACUGGCAUGCCGGAGCAGUGGGCACGACUACUGCAGACCUCAAACAUCACCAAGUUGGAGCAGAAGAAAAACCCGCAGGCGGUGCUCGACGUCCUCAAGUUCUACGACUCCACGGGCAACGGCCGACAGAAGUACCUCAGCUUCUCUUCUUCCGAGAAAGAAGCAUUCACUCCAGGGCCACAGUCUCCCCUCAAAAAAGGCGCCGAGCCCACAUCUCCGACUAUCAAAGACAUUGACGACGACGACGACGAUGAAGCCCCGCCUCCCGUUGUGGCUCCCAGACCGGAGCACACAAAGAGCGUGUACACUCGCUCCGUCAUCGACCCCAUCCCCGCCCCUAGCCCGAGCACGGACGGCGACGCAGCGUCCAAGGCUGUGGACCGACAGAAGAAGAAGGGCAAGAUGUCAGAUGAGGAGAUCAUGGACAAACUGAGAACUAUAGUCAGCAUCGGAGACCCCAAGAAGAAAUACACCCGAUAUGAAAAGAUUGGACAGGGGGCUUCUGGAACAGUCUUCACCGCCAUUGAUGUUGCCACAGGACAGGAGGUGGCCAUUAAACAGAUCAACCUCCAGAAGCAGCCCAAGAAGGAGCUCAUCAUCAAUGAGAUUCUUGUCAUGAAGGAGCUGAAGAACCCCAACAUUGUUAACUUCCUCGACAGUUUCUUGAUGGGAGAGGAGCUGUUUGUGGUAAUGGAGUACCUGGCAGGUGGCUCGCUCACCGACGUCGUCACGGAAACGUGCAUGGAUGAAGCCCAGAUAGCGGCAGUCUGCAGAGAGUGUUUGCAAGCUUUGGACUUCCUGCACGCAAACCAGGUUAUCCACAGAGACAUUAAAAGUGACAACGUGCUGCUCGGCAUGGACGGCUCCGUCAAGCUCACUGACUUCGGGUUCUGCGCCCAGAUCACUCCGGAGCAGAGCAAGCGCAGCACCAUGGUGGGCACGCCCUACUGGAUGGCCCCCGAGGUGGUGACUCGCAAAGCUUACGGGCCUAAAGUGGACAUCUGGUCGCUGGGCAUCAUGGCCAUUGAGAUGGUCGAAGGAGAGCCACCCUAUCUGAACGAGAACCCUCUACGAGCCUUGUAUCUGAUCGCCACCAACGGCACCCCUGAGCUCCAGAACCCGGAGAAGCUGUCUCCGGUCUUCAGAGAUUUCCUCAACCGCUGCCUGGAGAUGGACGUGGAGAGGAGAGGCGGCGGCAAAGAGCUCUUGCAGCAUCCCUUCCUGAAGCUGGCCAAGCCCCUGUCGAGCCUCACGCCGCUCAUCCUGGCCGCCAAGGAGGCCAUGAAAGGCAAUCGUUAGGAAGCCACGCUGUGCACACCCAAACACACACUUUUGUAACACAACGCACAUCGCCAACUGUUUCCAUUUAGUGCCAGAAAUAGGCCGAGCAGCCUUAAAAAACGACAAAAGAAGCCAAGACAAAACCUCACUGUGAAGAAGACCAAAAAUGAAGAGCAUGACCCCCUCCGCCCCUACAACACCCACCAUCGCUGAUCCAGACGAACUCCGACCUUCUCCGACGAGACAAAGUGCUUCCUCUCAGUCGGGCAUCUCUCGGUGACACGAUAGGACCGGGCUUGUAUUCAACUUGCAAUGAAGAAGAUGCCUCGUUCUAGUUUUGUUUUAAUUGUUAUUGUUUAAUCAACUGCCUUAAACAAACGCAAAAAAAAAAAACGUUGCCUAAUGUAUUGUUGAUUUGUCAACCUAUGAUUUUUACUACCUUUUUUUUGUGUCAUUUUACCUUCUCAGCGUUGUCAGUGUCUUAGCUAUUUUGAUACUUGAAUUUCAUACAGGUGUCCCCCUUAUCACUUUUUAAGGAACAUUUCAUCGGACUGCUUUUUUUAAAGAAACAUUUCAGUGGAUCACAAUCAAGAUUGUGUCUAUGACUUUUUUAAUUUUAUUUCCACACCUGACAGACCUACUGUGCCACAUUUUAGACCCUAUAUAUAAAAGGUGCACCUUACAGGCAAAUUUAAGUUUAGAUUGACAGGGUUUAUAUUUUCCUCUCUAUUGUUGAUAAUAAAAAGUGAAACUUG